CAUCUUUCUCUUUCAUAAACCCCCCCCCCAUUCGCCUCCCCAACAUCUAAAAACUUAUCUGAUUCCUGAUCUCGACUCCUCGUCGUCUUCAAAAAACCAACUUCAUGAUCGAUACCAUCGUCGCCACCUCAUAAACGAAGCAUAACGAGCAACACACCUCGUCACACCCCCAAAUCUCGCCACCUCAGCUCCCCUUGUUGGAGAACGAACGUCGGUCCUCACAACUCGAACUCUCCAGCCCAUCCCAUCCCAAUAACAAGCCCACAAACGUCGGCAACCACACCCAAAACCCAAAACCACCACAAACCAGCCCACAACCACCAACAAACUCCCGCUCACCACUCUCCCCAGCCGACAACAUGGUCUCCCUCUCGCGCUCCAGCUCCGCCUCGCCCGAGCCCUCGGAGACAAUGCAGAUCUUCAUCAAGAACCUCAGCGGCGACAUCAUCCCCCUCACCGUCCCCGUCGACAUCUCCCUCUCCCACAUCAAGACGCUCCUCUCCCUCCGCACCUCCCUCCCCACCACAUCCCUCAACCUCGUCCACGCCGGCAAACACCUGCCCUCCUCCACCGCCCCCCUCACCGCCCACGGCAUCAAGCCCGAAUCGACACUCCACCUCGUCGUGCCGAUGCGUGGGGGGAUGCCGCCCAAGAAGAUCCGCUGCACGCACAAGGAGUGUAGGGAGGUCGCGCAGCGCAUCGUGGGGGAUUGCGGGUUCUGCAAUGGGCAUUUCUGCGGGAAGCACCGCCUCUUGGAGGACCACAAGUGCACGGGGCUGGAAGACUGCAAGAAGGAAUCUCACGACCGCAACGCAGCGCAGCUGAACUCGGAGCGCACCACUGUGAUCAAGGGCAUAUAGACAUAACAGUCCCAUCGGCUCAGCUUAGAAAAAGCAUUCCGAAAGCGAGAAGACGAAUUCACAAACGCAUUUCAAGGAAACCAGGCGCAGUACUUUGUGUAUAUAAACUUUUUUUUUUUUUUUGAUUCGCGGGACCAGCUUGGGUCCCGUUUUUGCUGCUGGUUUUGUUGGGAAAGCGGGUGUAGGGAGCGAUGAGUCGGCGCUUUUUGGGGAAGGGGUGUUAAUUUUCUGGUUUCUUUUAUGUUUGGUCUUUUGGGU